CACCUGACGCGGACGUCACUCAGACGCAGUUCAUCAGCAGGAAGUGAAGUGUUCGUCGGUUCUGUUCCAACCUGAGAUACUUUAUCUCUCCUUUGCUGUUAACACAAGGAUCACUUUCGUUUCUCCGACUUGUCAAAAUGGCGGCGGACGCGCCUCAGCUGAGUCUCAUGAGUCUCGAGGACGAGCUCACCUGCAGCAUCUGUCUGUCCCCCUUCAGCUGUCCCGUCACCAUCCCCUGUGGACACAACUUCUGCCGCGACUGUCUCCUCGCCUCCUGGGAGGACGUGUUCUGCUGUCCUCAGUGUCGCUGUCACUUCCCCACCAAGCCUGAGCUGAAGAAGAACACCGUCCUCAGCACCGUGGUGGAGACCUUCACCCUCAGGUCCAGCAAGAGUGAGGCGGAGGUGGCUGAAAAGGAGGCUGAGGAGGCUGAGGAGGAGGAGAAGGAGGCUGAGGAGGAGGUGGAGACCGUCGUCCGCUGCGACGCCUGCAUGUUGACGGAGGCGAGUCACACCUGUCUCACGUGCAUGGCCUCUUUCUGUGAGGAGCACCUGCGUCCUCACCGGGAGAACCCGGUGUUCCGUCUCCACCAGCUGAGCCAGCCCCUCAGUGACCUGUCUCACCGCAUCUGCUCAGAGCAUCACAAGCUGAUGGAGCUCUUCUGCAUCGGCCAUGUGCGGCCCAUCUGCAGCCUCUGCCUGCAGCAGGUGCACAAGGGCUGCUCCUUCACGACUCCUGAGGAGCAGAGGAUGCUCAAGGAGUCUGACCUGAAAAAUAAGCUGGAUUUGCUGGAUGGGAGGAUUGUUAAAAAUCAAUCUAUUGUAUGUCAAAUGAGCAGCAUGCAGGAUAAACUGAAGGACGACGCGGCCAGAAAGAAGGAAGCGGUGGUCGCCGAGUAUCAGCUGUUGCACGACAUGUUGAUCCAAGACGAGAACGCCGCGCUGAGCGCCGUGGAUCGAGAGAUGGACAGCGGUCAGGUCAAACUCAACGUUCUCACCAAGAAGUUCACAGAGAACAUUAAUACCAUGAGCGCCGCUAAAGACCAGAUCAACGGUCUGCUCGCUCAGUCCCACGCGCUCAAGUUCCUGCAGACUUCGUAUACCCUGCCGCCCGCCGUCAACUUUGACCCUUACACCCCUCGAGUCAACCUGGACUCCAAGAAGGUGCUGGCAAUCCAGGACUUUUGUGCUGCUUUUAAGGAGCAUCUGACUGAGGUGUUGCAACAGCCUGUGGAGGCCAGAGUGCAGCUGCUGAAGUCAGGUAAAAAAACAGCCUUGGGAUUUCCUCCUGUCAGUUUUGGAGCCUUCCAGACAUCAGAGCCAGGUCCAGAGACCAAGGCCGGCGCAAAGAAGAAGAACCAGAGUAAGAGAAAGUCUGAUUCUGCUUCAAAAGAAGCAAAACCUAACGAAGCUGCUGAACAAUUGAAAAAACUAGCCGCUUCAAUGGAAAACCUGUGGGAGGAUCCUACAAAAACCAAAUCCAAGGGUCGUCCUGCUGCACCGCAACUCAGCCGGAAACCAGAAACUUCAAAAGUGACUCCAAACAUCUCGUGUGCGGAGAAAAGAAGUGUCCUUCUGCAUUUUGGCAGAGUUUUAAAUUUUGACCGAAAGACGGCCCACAAGCGCAUCUCGCUGACGGAGGAGUUUACGAAGGCGUCCGUGUCGGAGGAGCUCGAGAACUACCCCAACUGCCCUCAGCGCUUCAACGUGUGCUCGCAGGUGCUCACCUCGCAGGGCUUCUCCCGAGGGUGCCACUACUGGGAAGUGCGCCUGAGCUGCAACAACUUCAUCGGCCUCGGUUUGGCGCUCAAAGCCAUCGACCGCGUCGGUCCCAACAGUCGCCUGGGCCGCAACGCGCAGUCCUGGUGCGUGGAGUGGUUUAACGUGAAGCUGUCGGCGUGGCACAACAGCGUGGAGACCGUUCUGGUCAAUCCCAGUCCGAAGCGCGUCGGCGUGCUGCUGGACUGCGACGAGGGCAGAGCUACGUUCUAUAACGUGGCAGAUCGAGCGUAUCCCUUCCACACCUUUGUGCUGCCCGUGUCUGAAGCAGUGUAUCCGGCUUUCUGGAUGUUCUCCAGCGGUUCGUCCAUCUCUCUGUGUAAGCUUCAGGCGUGAUUACUACAGGGCAACGUACUAAACAAUAGCUUGUAUAUAAAUGCAUUACAGCCACCAAAUGACCAAAACCACCAGUGUGUUAGAAUCGAGUGGUGAGAUUGUAGAUUGCAGUCCUUGAAAACGAUCUUGUUUUGUCCUGUUAUUCCCCAAAAUGAAAUGAUUCAGUUUUAUCCAUUAAUUUGUCGUAGAAAGUAGGAAAUAUUUGCACUUAAGAAGCUGAAACAUGGGAGAACUUGGUGACUAAUUGAGUUAUAAUGAAUGAUUCAUGUUAUAGUAAUAUAAUCAUUUUGCAGCACUACAAAUCAGUUAAAUAAAACAGUUAAAAAUAAGAUUUUUAACUGUUUUAUGAUCACCUGAACAGUAGGAACGGUGUUUAUUCAUGUCAUUCCCGCGGGGUCUGUGAUUUUGUUUGGUCGCGCUCGGGUAUUCAGUUGGUCGUGAUAUAAACAACUUUAAAAGUGAACAAAUGCCGUUGAUCAUUUUGAGAAUGUUGUGAAUGUGAACAGCGAUCCAUGGCGAACGUCAGUAGCCGCUACGGUUACAGACGCGAGCCGUGGUUCACAGCUGCUGGGGCCUGUGGUCAUGUGACCUCAGAAAUGUAGCCGUGUGUUACUUCUGAGGUUUGGAGAAACUGUCAGUGUGACGCGCGGCUGCUGCAUCCCAGCGUACUGUGGUUCACUCGCAGCAUUCACCCGUUAUCGCGCUGGUUGAUUUUAUUGAAGUGUUCUCUGGAGUCGGAUGAGGGAAAAGUUAAUGCUGGGUUUUUAAGACCCAGGUGUUGGAUAUAAUGAGUCUGUCAGGUUGUGGGAUCUGUCGCUCCAUCUCUGUGGAUUUGAAGCGUGCGAGGAUCCUCUUGGCGGCUUGAAACCAGCACUGGCGGCGCUCGUUUUUUUGUCUGAGUCACGUGACAGUCUGCGGCUCCACAUCUCGUCACUAGAAAUGUAAAGCGUGCAUGUGAAGGCCUACGCGGCCAUCGUAUGUACCAUCUACUCUGCUGCUGGAUUUGAUGGUAAAACAGUAGCAUGUAGACAGAAACAGCUGAGGAUGUAAAAAACAUGCACGAUGUGCUGAAGUGUCUCGUUUCCUUAUCUUGUUCUACUCUAUAGGCUCAUGCCCUCGUGUGCUCCGCUCAUGAGAACAGACAUUGUGGCUCUGGUCCGGCUCUGGUCCGGCUCUGGUCCGGCUCUGGUCCGACUCUGGUCUGAGGUUUUCUUUUUGUGUUUUGGUUGAAAGACUCCUCUUCUGAUUGAUAUAGGAUUGAUAAGCUGAUAUGACGCUGUACUGGUAUCGGUCCGAUAAGAUUAAUGUCUAAAAUCUGACCUGUGACCUGUAGAGGUCAAAUAUGUGCUGCACAGGUGGAGCAUUGUGUUUUUCACAUGGUGCUAAAAUGACAGUUAAAAUAAUGCAGUUGGCAAAUGUGUGUCAGGUUAGAUUGAUCCGAGCUUGGAGAAUGCCUUUCAUAGGUAUUUGUGUUAGAUUCUCAUACUUGUAUUUCGUGCCAGUGCAAACAUGUCGGGGGAAAGACUACAUCGGACUGUCGUCGGUAUCAGUAAAUAUUUGUGUCGUAAUCGGACAUGAAAAAAAACGUGGUACAUAGCCGUCCCUGAUUGAUGAUUUGUAGCAAUGAUUCUUUUGGACGAGAAAUAAAGCCUUCAGAAUUAUCUGUUGGCUUCUCGUUCUGGGGGCAGGAAGGCAGUGAGCUGUACAGUGUCAGCGGGGGGGGGGGAAUUAUUUCACCCCGGCCUCACGUGAGUGACAUUUAAUAGGCGUCACUGGAGUCCUUUCACCUGCUGCGGUGGUUUAGUCGGUGUUUGUACUCCGAUGUGAAACAACAAAGCGCGCCUUUGUCGGGAGCGCAGAAGUCGCUCGACUCCUCACUGAUGUGAUAUGGUAGCGAAUGCUGUGACGGUGGUCUUCACACACGGUGCAGUGUUUAAUGAAGCCACCGGGUGGCAGCAGCAGGGGGUUAGACAUCAGACGCUUCCAUUAACCCUCGCUGUUGAGCAGCAGGAAUCUCAUGAUACGAAACAUUUGACGAUACAGGGGUGGAAACUGAGAUAUUGCGAAUCUUGUAGUCGGUAAUCGGCGUAUUUGGGUUGAUACGUUUGAGUUUCCAGCUUCUCUACUGUAACUCAGUGACUCUGGGCCUCUGUGUCGUGAGGUUCUGAGAAAUGUUUUCAAAUCUGACCACAAAAAAUAAAUAGCAUUUGGAGGCGGUUUGGAGACAGAAAUCCAUCCUCAGGACACUUUUAAAGGUGUGUUGUGUAGGAUUUAGCAACAUCUACUGGUGAAGUUGCACGUGGCAGCUGAAUAUCGCUCGCCUCGCCUCCAAACAUCUAAGAGAAAGAUAAUAUCUCAGCCGUUUCUCCUUAUUUCUAACGAGAAUGUUUUCUUGUUAUAUCUCGGGAUCGGCUCUUCUCUCAGUCGGAUUUAUUGGUCCAUUGUUGCAGGAUGUUUACAUCCGAGGUGAAGCUGUAGAGCAGGGGCCCCUGGAGGGCCAGUCAGCGUCUUUGUCAGAUCAGGAGCCAAAGUCCAAAAUCAGCUUUAAAUCUUAUCACAAUAUUCCACUAUUAUGUUUUUUGUUCGGAUAUUUAAGAGAAAGAAAAUGUUUUGAUAUGGAACGAGACAUUUUUUACUAAAUAAGUCAUUAUAAUUUGAUGUUAAGUGGUGGGCCACAUUAAAAUGAUUGGGGGACCUUAAGUGGCCCGCACACCACGAGUUUGAGACCUCUGAGCUUCCUCCCGAGUUACUGACAAACAGAUUUUUUUCCUGAUCGAUCAGCGAACAUGUCUGUCUGCUUAAGCACGGGUUGAUAAAUCGUUCAUAAUGCAGGUGAUUUGAGUUCAUUAUGAACGACAGAAACGGGAAUAAUGAUGGUUUUGCUUCUGAGACUUAAUGUGUUAACACGUUCUUUUGUUAAUAAAUGUUUGAUUCUGGCUUA